AUGGCUAAAAAUUCAAGUACCAAUCUUACUAUUCAGUCAGAUGUUAAAAUUGAAAAAACAUCUAAAAAAAAUAAAAAAGCUAAAAUCAUUGAUGAAGAAAAAGAAAUAGCUCAAGUUGAAAGUAAAUCAAUGUCAAAGAAAGUAAAAAGAAAAUCAAAAUCAAAUGAUGAUAUCAUUGCUGAUACAAGUCCACCAAAAAAAUUAAAAAAAGGAAAAAGUAAAAAAAACAGUGCUGAAGAAGAAACACCAAAAGAAGAAGAAGAAGAAGAUAAUGAAAAUGAACAAUUUGAUGAUACCAAUGAUGAUGUUAAAAAACCAAAACCACCAUCAAAAAGAUUAUUAAAAAAACAAAGAUUUGAGCAACAAGAGCUUGAUAAAAAAGAAGCUAGUAGACUUGAUACAAUGUCCAAAGCCUUAGAAUACGUAUCAAUUUGGAAACACUCAAAGAAUACCUGGAAAUUUGAAAAACUCAAACAAAUUUGGCUAAUGGAGAAUCUUCUUGAUGAAAAUUCCGUUCCAAAAACACUAUUUCCAACAGUAUUGGAGUAUUUUGAAGGAUGCAAAGGCAUGGCAAGAGAAACAUUAUUAAAAAAAGCAAUGAGUGUUAUUAAAAAACAUGAAAAAAAUGUUGAAGAAUCAGAAGAUGCUGAAGAAACUGUUGAAUACAUACGUGCUAGAGAAUUAUUACAAGCAUUACCAACAGAAACAUAA